CUGAUGGCACAUGAGUCUUCUUGGGAAUUCUCUGCCAAAUGUGGUCAGUUGUUUUUGAAUGUGGCCAUGCGGGGAGUCGAACGUGCCAGCCCAGAUCUGCAAACAUGCAGUGCCAGAAGGAGAAGCCUUGAAAUGUAAACUGGGAUUUAUUCACCUGACUCGCAAGUGUGUGUGCUGUGCCCAGGUCCCCUGUCCAAAUCCUGGGCGGGGAGAAGCCAGGACUGCACAUUCCUUGUGAUAGGAAUUCAGGUUUUUUUGGGGGGGUCGGGGUGGGGGUUAAAUACAAAUGAGAUGCCAGGGAGGGAAUGGCUCCUACGUGUAAAUAUAUUUGUCCUAGAGGAGCCCUGCGCAGUCUGACUGCUGCCCAGUGCUGCUCCCUGACUGUACCCUCUCUUGGUGAGCCUCUGCCCUGCUGGCCGUGUUUUUGUUUUCUGGUUUUGGCUUUUUGUUUUUGUUUUUUUUUUUUUUUUUAAUUUCAGCCUGCACCCCGAUCUUCAUUUUCUUCCCGUGUCCUCUCUGCUGCCACUCUCCCUUUCUGCCUCGUGUCCUCUGUCUCUGGUUUAUAAUGUGUAGACUAUAUGGAUAUAUGAAUUCCACGUAAGUAUGCCAAAUAUAAAUAGAAAAAUGAAUUGAAAUAUAGUUUUAAAAUAAAGGGGUUUUAAUUUUCUGUUUUGUUAGAGGCCGGGCUUUUCCAUAAAUGAUAUAAAAAUGUGAAGAUAUAGAAUAUAUAAAUGUGUGUGUGUGUGUGUGUGUGUGUAUAUACAUAUAUAUACACACACAUAAAAUACAAAUGUUAGUAAUAUAAAGAUUUCUUAAUAAAAAUAAUAUUGUACCCAUGUUGUAAUUGAUGCCAAUAUACAUUAAAUUCAAUAUCCAAAAAUAGGUAUUGAUUAUGAAUAUAAAUUAAUUAUUAACAAACAUAUAUAUAUAUCUAUAUAUAUAUCUAUAUAUAUAUAUCUAAUGGGUUUGGGGUUUUUUUAAUUUGUUCAUGGCAGGGAUUUUUUAGUUUGGGUCGGGUUUUUUUGGGGGGCAUUCGUUUAGUAGGAUUUUUUAAAGGGAGGGACCUCGAUGUUUUUUGGCCCCUUGUCUCUCUGUCUGUGUGUGUGUCUCUCUGUCUGUGUCCCCCGUGUCCCCAAAGAGCCGCGGCCCCGGGCUGAGCUCGGCCGCAGUGCUGCCGCCUUGUGGGAAGAGAUCGGUACUGCAGCCGUGCCCCGAAGCGGCGACCGGCUCCUCCUCGGCGCUGCUGCGGGAGGGCGGUGGGGCGCGAAAUGGUGCGCGUGACCUUCUCAAGAUGGCGGAGGGCCCAAGGUGACGAUGCCGUUCCACUGGGACCGAUGCGACGCUCGGGACGGCGGACGCAAUAGGACCCCGGCAGAGAUACGCUGGAGGGGGGGGGUUGUCCUUUUUUUCCCGCCCUUUUUUUGCCGUCCUAUGUAGAAGGUCGGGUGAGUGAUAGCCGGGUCGCCAUCUUGGGAGUGGCACGCUGCAAUUUCCGCCCUUCCUGGCUCCAUCUUUGUUCCUGGCAGAAGCCACUUCCGGUGGCGUUGCCAGCGUUGUCGUGGUAACUGUAAAGCCCCAGAUAAUGGUGUCUCUUAAAGUCGCCUGCCUGAAUCCGACCCCCGACGCUGAUCGCGCGCUCUCCCGCCGCCUGUCCCACGAGCCAUUUCCAGCACCGCUGACCAGUCCGCGCCCAUCCGCGCCGCGUAAAAGGCGACGGAAAAUCGCGCCGAGAACGCGGGAUCGGUUUCGGGACCGGAUUCAGGCAGGCGAGUUCAAUAAUCGCCAAUGUAGGGGGCCUUCUUUUUCGCCUCCCGAAACAAAGAUGGCGGAGGCACCGGAAAUGGCUUCUGCCAGUACCAAAGAUGGCGGCAGGGAAGGGCGGAAAUUGCGUCUCGACCCUUCCCAAGAUGGCGACUCAACCGUCACUCGCCCGACCUUCUGCAUAGGGCGGCAAAAAAGGGGCGGGGAAAAAAGGACCCCCACGGGGUGUGGACUGCAUUGCCUGCCCGCGACGCCGACGCCGAUCCCUCCACCCCGGCGCGAUUUUGCGCGGCGUUUCCCAUCGUGCCCACACGGGCUGUGGGCUCAGCGGCGCCGCGGACGCGCGGGAGCCCGGCGGGCGCCGACAGGCAGCGGCGGGUCCGCCCCUCUCUCUGCCGGGGUCCUUCCACGGCCGCCGUCGCGGAGAGCGACUCCCGUCCCGCCGCGCCACCUCUCCGCGCUACCCGGUUCCGCUCCUGCCCGGGGAACGCAUCGACGAAGGAAGAGCGGUCGCCCAGCUCCCGGAGCCAUCGCCCUGCCCGCAGCCGGGAGCAGCCCGCAGGAGGAGGCAGCUGCUCUCUCUGCCGGAGAGGACCGGAGAAAUGGUUCCACUCCUCCCAUCUUUGCCAAAAGCUGUGCUGUUUGAGGAGCCAGAGCCAAGGUGCCUUCAGCACCAGGGCUCUGCACUGGAGGGCUCCCGGUCCUGACCGCGCAGGGUUCCCCUUUUCCUCCCCCCUGGGAUGAAGUGUCUAUGGAAUCUGGGAUCUGGGUGAAACUGCAGCUCUGCUGGUAUCCAGGGACGUGAGGUUCCGGGGGACUGCGUUUCCCUGUGGCUUUCCAGGUCGGCAGGAGCCGGAGGAAAUGGGGUGCCAGAGCCGUGCCCCAUCAGGCCGUGUUUGCCUCUGAGGAACAGAGAGUCCGGGCUGAGGUGAGAUUGCCAGGAGUGCUUGGAUGGAUGAGCUGUGCGGGGAACGGGGAGCUCGGAAUCGCAGCUGCUGCUGGAUCCAUUGCCUUAGGUCUGCUCCGUCUGUGUCUGUGCCAAGUGGGAUUUGUGCUGGGGAGAGAGGUGCUGUGGGGAGCCAAAGGUGGAGUAAAUCCUCUGUGGGGAUGGGCAGCGAAGGACUGAGUAGCAGGGAAAGGAGAGGAUUUCUAAAGGAUACGACUGUUUCUGCCAAGAGCGGGGUGGAGCAGCGAUGGGGGUAGUUGGGUUUGGCCUGGGCUCUGUUAUUCUUGGUGCAAUUUUAAAAUUCUGUCGUGUGAUUUACUGUCCGGGAGCUUUCGAACGAGAGCUGACCGAAAUGUAGGUUAAGCCUUGGAAGUUGGGUCCGUUGACUGCAGCAGCUCGCCGAGGCUGGAGGACUGGGGUGAUGGCUGCUCCCAGGAAAGGUUACUUAUUUAUUGAUACUGUGUCACAUUUCCCUCAGCGACUGCCAGCCCGGAAUGGCUGUGAGUUGGUGCUCUUCUCAGUGGGGGAUUGGAGAAGGUUUUGGCUGUAAUUAGAAGUGGGAGAAAAAUCCUGCUAAAUAAAAGUCUCACCUCUGUCCCCCCUAAGUUAUCCCAGUUUGUUCCAGCUUGGAGCUGCGCAGAAGUCAGGCAGGGGAAAUGACAUCAGGGAUA